AUGGGAUCUUGUACAUCAAAAAGUAAACAUUCGGAGACAAAAGUCACUCAGGUUACUGAGCCAAACGAGCAAAAACUAGAAAAAUUGAAAACUGGAAACCGGAAUUUAAAGGGGGAAGAAAAACAGGUGGAAAUUGUGCCUGAUGCAGAAAUAUUGAAGCAGCUUGCUACAGAAGCAAAUAGGUUUUAUAGACCGAAGUGGAGAGACUUGGAUAGAAAUGCGUUGUAUCUUGGGAAUCAGAUAGAAGAAAUCCAGGAAGCUUAUAGAGAAAAAUCAUGAAAAAUAGAAGGAGACGAUACUCAAAAGAACUAUUUGUAUAGAUCAGGGAUAUGAGCGGUAUGCAAAAAAGGGCUAAAAUCAUGAAUGCCAAACCAGGACGAUUUUUAUAUUUCAAUUGGCAAACAAAGCUUUGUAGUUGGUGUUUUUGAUGGCCAUGGGCCUCUUGGCCAUAAUGUAUCUAUUCUAUUAAAUUUAUACGCUUAACGUCCCUUACGGGGUUGCCCAUCCCAGAGCUUCCGCCUGCUCUAUGGCGCAUCGGGCCCACUGGCCUCUGGGUCGACCAGCUUUGUUUCGCCAAGGUGCGUCUAGUUGUAGGUGUUGCCGACUUCGACGGCUCAUGAUUGAGCUACUUCGCUUGAGGACAUGGGUUGCCAUUCCGAAAAUCCAUAAAAAAUGGAUUUUCUGGUAGGCUCUCGGCAAAAAGGAAAACACGAAGCCUAGGACGUUACGCCCAGUUUCACGCUAGGGAGUUGCCCGAUUGGUCCUAACGGACUCUGCUGAGCUUCCCCUUUCCAACUCGCGUGCCUCCUUCCCCAUGAGGAAAAAACAUCCCUGAAAAUAGACUUGGGCUAGGCUCUGAGCACCACUAGAAUUGCUUACCUAGCAUUGCUGUCCCUUUCUGAAAUGCAAAACCUUGCCGGAUAUAAUUAAAAUAUGAGUCGAGGCUGCAUGGCCGGGAGGCCAUGCCCAGACGAAGACGCCAUAUUUUGAUUAUGGCCAUAAUGUAUCACAUUUCGUUAAACUAUUCCUUCCUAAAAGCAUUUUGGCUCAUUCAAAAUGGCAUGAAAAUCCUCAAAGAGCGAUUAAAAAAUCUUUCAAAAAUUGUGAAAAAUCAUUGGCGACUGGAUUUCCGAGCUCUGAUUUGAUUUUCAAUUGAGAUAUAUCAGGGACUACUUCUUCAUUUGUUUAUUGUGAUGAAGCCCACCUAAUAGUGGCUCAUGUUGGAGACUCUCGUGUUGUUAUGGCUAAAAAAAUAAAUAAUGAGCUCAAAGCAGUUCCCAUAACAACUGAUCAUCGUCCUUCAGAGCCAAGAGAAAAAGCUCGGAUUGAGAAAAGAGGCGGGGAAAUUUUAAUACAAGAAGGCGAAAUUAUGGAAAGGGUAUAUGCAAAAGGAAAAAAUUAUCCAGGAUUAGCAAUGAGCCGAUCUCUUGGGGAUAAAUAUGCAAAAGAGCUGGGAGUUACUCAUAAGCCUGAUAUUGAGAUUUUAGAUAUAAGUGAAGAGGACGAGUUUAUAUUAGUCUGCAGCGACGGAAUCUGGGAAUUUAUUUCAGAUCAAGAAGCUGUAGACUUGAUUGGAAAAUACCAGGACAAUUUAAAACUAGCUGUAGAAAAGCUAGCAAAUCUUGCUAUAAUCAGGUGGGGGUUUAAUGAAAGCCAAUAUACUGAUGAUAUAACAAUUGUCCUUGCUUAUAUUCCUAAAAGAAAUACUGAUGAAGAAGAUUAUUAA